AUGAGCUACGAUUCUGAAGAUGGAGAUAUCUUGACGGAGGAAGAGUAUAUUAAACUGUUGAAGAAAGAGGAAGACGGACCAACAACGGUUUUGAUAAAACCCGAUGGAAGAACCCUGGAGGCAUUUGGCUAUGAGGCGGAGACAAGAAACGCAGAACUGAUAGACGAAGAGGCGCAUGAAUCGUACUACUUCUUCAAAAGAUUUAAAAUGAAAUUAUGGAACCAGAAAAUCGAGCGGGAUAUGCUUAUUGAGGACGAAAACAGUCGUCAUCUAUCUGCAAAAACUGUGUUCGCACUAGCGAUCAAAUGGCUCAAGGACGACCUUUGGCGUGUUUCAAACGACAGAAUUUCUGACACAAUACGACAAAAUGAGAUACACUGGGUGUUGACUGUGCCAGCAAUCUGGGAUAAUGCUGCCAAACAGUUUAUGAGGGAGGCCGCCAAGCAGGCUGGUAUCGAAGAAAUAAGACUUAAUAUCGCACUAGAACCAGAAGCAGCAUCAUUGUUUUGUCGCCACUUACCGGUGGCUCGAAGUGGAAAUGAAACGUUCCUUGGAAAGCUGAAAGCCGGACAAAAAUAUCUUAUGUUGGAUGCGGGAGGUGGAACUGUAGAUAUCACCGUACACGAGGUAUUACACUCGAUGAAAGUCAAAGAGCUGUAUAAGGCUAGCGGUGGUGCGUGGGGUGGAACAGAAGUCGUCGAUAAGGCAUUCCUAGACUUUAUCAACAACCUUGCAGUUCUUAGCCGACGUAAGAGAGGGGUAGUUGAUCAUAGACUUGGACUUUUUGUUGGCAAGCCGGGCCCCCCAGGUAUCCCUGGACACCAAGGUCCACCAGGCAGAAUCGGAUCUAGAGGUCAGAAAGGUCACAAAGGCACCAGUGGAAACCCAGGUUUACGCGGCCCACCAGGCCCAUACGGUCAUCCUGGCUGGCCCGGACCACCAGGUUUUGUCGGCUUCCCGGGCGAGAUAGGUGAGAAAGGCUUCCCUGGAUAUGACGGAAUUCCUGGGAUUAUCGGUGACGUAGGCUGGGCUGGUGUAAAUGGCAAACAUGGUUUUAGAGGCCCUCCUGGUUAUCUUGGGCAUGUGGGUUUUAUUGGUAUGCCCGGGCCUCCAGGCAUCAAAGGUGAUGUGGGGAUGACUGGAUACUGGGGGAUGCCAGGCAUCCAGGGAAUCGCCGGCGUUCCAGGUGACGUGGGAUUUUAUGGAGAAGCUGGUCCAAUGGGUAAACCUGGCUUUCAAGGACCAGAAGGGGAAAUGGGUCUCAAGGGGCCAAAUGGUGAAAGAGGAGAACAAGGAGACAUCGGACAAUGGGGACCUGUUGGAAGUCCGGGCCCCAUGUAUGACCCAUACGCCACCAUGUUUGGUGCUGCAUCGGCUGCAUUUGAUUACGAUCCUUUUAAAGAUGUAAACUGCUCAGAAACGGAUGAUGGCCAAUCAAAUUGCUCCUUCGAAAGUGGACCACCAGCUGAAGCCAUCAGGAAGUCAAGCAAGAUGGCAUUUCCGGAAUACAUGCACCCCCCACCAGGUGCGCAAGUAGUUACGCUAGCAGCCGGUCCUAUGAUUGGAAAGGCGCCUUUUAUAUAUGGACCACCAUCAUUGGGUACAAAAGUUCAAGGUCAAAGCCGUGUUGACAUAUCUGAUGAAGAUCUUGUACGAGAUAUGGGCUACGAUUCUGAAGAUGGAGAUAUUUUGACGGAGGAAGAGUAUAUUAAACUGUUGAAGAAAGAGGAGGGCGGUUUGAUUGACGAUCAAUUUAACAAUGGAACCAUCACAUCUACACCGGUAAUGAUUGAAGAUCAAUUCAACAACGAGACCACGACAUCUGCACCUGAGAUGUUUGAAGAUCAAUUCAACAACGAGACCACGACAUCUGCACCUGAGAUGUUUGAAGAUCAAUUUAACAAUGAGACCACGACAUCUGCACCUGAGAUGUUUGAAGAUCGAUUUAACAACGAGACCACGACACCUGCACCUGAGAUGUUUGAAGGUCAAUUAAACAACGAGACCACAACGAUCGCACCCGAUAUGUACGAAGAUAGUUCAGAGGAAUAUUCUGAUGAACAUUCGAAAGAGUGAUCAAAAAAGAGUUCAAAGAAGGAUGUUCAUGAUCACGUUUUUCGCUAACGUACUGUUCACUUAUCUAGUGUGUGAUAUCAAGCAUAAUAAAACUAAUGUUCUUUCAUUCUUGACAAAAUACAACUAACCAUAUAACAAAAGAUACAGUUGCAUUCACGUGCAUGUAGCUUUAAUCUAACAAACAUUCAUAUAUUAUAUUAUAUUAUAUUAUAUUAUAUUAUAUUAUAUUAUAUUAUAUUAUAUUAUAAAUAG